GUUUGAGGUUCGUACAAUUAAUGAAGAAUAGAGCAUUUCACAGUGGGAUAAAAAGGUCGCCAUAUCAAGCGAUGUUUGGUAGUGAUAUAAAAAUUGGAUUAUCGACGUCUAUUCUUCCACCAGAAACUAUCAACAAUAUAUCUUCAGAAGAAGAUUUGGAAAAUGUAUUGCAAAAUAUUGGAGGAAAAAGUGAAGAAAGCAAUUCUGCAGAUGCUAACCAGAACGAAGAAAUACAUAAAAUAUGCGAGUCUUGUGGGAAUAAUAUUCAAGCAAUAUUAAACGAAGAUGAAAAUCAACAGCGUAUUUGUAAUUUGUGUGCAAAAGAGGUAAUUUAUUUUCAAAAUUAAUUUUUACUAUAAUUAUUAUUAUUUAAA